UUUCGGAAAGGAGUUGAUUGCGAAUAGUUUCUGCGUUUCCCUAGAUAGUAAACUGACAUAUAUUUUCACCGUGUUGUCUUGAAAUUGCUACGAUAAGUAUCGUAUACAUUUAAACAGUUACAGUAUUAAAGUAUCUUUCUGUUACUACUGUAACUUUCAACCUUGGGUAAUAAAGAAUAACUUCACACUAUAAGAUUAGGAUUAGAAAAAAAGUGUAACGCUGGGUUGCGGAAGCCUCCUUAAAAGCUUUAUACAAGACAGAUUCGGCGACUCCGUUAUUCCAGUUGUAUAAACCAAUUCCUUUACCAGGAACUGGACAGCUGACGGGGAAUUACAAGAAGGCUCUCUACUCACCUACCACCUCUUUUAAGCCCGUUUACCUUGCCGGUGUCACCAUGGCGGGUCGCAGGAUGACCUACGCCAUCUUCGCCUUAACGCUGCUGUGCGCGGGUCUCGGAGAAGAGACCGAAUGCCCGAGCCAAGAGAACUCCUAUGCAGUGACGGAAGUGCUGAGCGCCAUGAACAAACUGCUGAACAUUCUGGCCGAAGAGGUGCGAGAACUUAGAUCCCAAGUGGUAGAGAGCUGCACGGCGAAGGACAACGAAACCCUGACUUGUGCAACGGAGGCCGGGCUGGCGGAUACAACGGGAGGGGACGAUAAACCGCCUCUAAACACGGAACAUAGCCUACCUGACGGCGGGGACGAGGCGGCUGACGGCGGGAACGGGGCAGCUGAAGGAGACACCGCAGCUGACGCCGACGGAGGAACAACUGUGCCACCCGAUUCGUCAGAGGUGCCUGCUUCUCCGAUUGAAAGUCAGGUCGACUCUUCAGCCACAACGACAGUUCAACCAGUGACUGUAGAGGCUACAACCAUCGCCACAACGACAACGACUUCAGAGUCACUGCCACCUGUCCCCUCCUCGUGCCCUCCCUCCUUCACCCUCGAGGCCGACGGCUGCUACAUCUUCAUCUACGACGAGCGCAACUGGAGGACGUGGGGCGACGCGCACGCCUACUGCCAGACCUACGGCGGGGAGCUCGCGUCGCCGUACAGGCUGGCGCCGCUGCAGGCGUAUCUCGACGCACAUUUCACUGAGACCUUCUGGGUGGGAGCUCGCCUGUGGAACCGAAAUAAAUUCUUCUGGUUCAACAAAAGGAGAGUAGACAAGAAGGCCUGGAAGGAGGGCCAGCCCUCGAAAAAUCCUAACAAGAAGUGCGUCUACCUGGAUAAGCGUUCGGGCUACAGGGCCGCCAAUUUCUUCUGCGGGGAGAAACAUCCUUUCGUCUGUGACUACAGGGAUGGAGGUGCGAGGAAGAUAGAAAGUUAGAGAGGUUCUUUUGUAAGAGGCAGACUCGCUCGCCAUUUGUUUUGUUAAUGUAAUGGGAUUUUUUGUUCUUUUUUUAGUUAUUGGAAUCCAAGGUCAUGUAUGUCAAGUUUAUGAUAAUCUGAUAUAAUUUUAAUGGAGCUGAAAUAUAAGUUUUUUUUUUUUUUU